UAAUCUGUGAAGCUGACUAAAAAUAUUAAUUAACUGUUACUAAACGUUGAGACUCGGGGACGGAGUAAGAGUGAGAUGUGAAUUCCUUAUGCGACUUCAUCCAGUUUGCUUUGCUUCUUCAGGGAAAGCCAAAGCAAGAUAGGCCAAAAGGAUUAUUAAAGAGAAUCAUGGCGACUUCAAUCUUCCCUUCUCCCUAUCGUCUGAAGCUAACGUCACCGUCUCCCUCCAAAGCCAAAACUCAUGGCGGCUUUCAAGCUCUUCGGCCCUUUUCAAUCCCUCGUGCCGCCACCUCGGACCCUUUUGUCCUUCAAAUUGCAGAAACCCUGGAGGACUCUGUCUCACCCCUCUCUUCUUCUUCUUCUUCCUCACCACCUCCAGCCCUCCAGAAGCUCCGAGAUAACUCUGCUGAAUCCGUCCUCUCCAUUUCUUGGCCUUCUCGCAAAGACGAACCUUUUCGCUUCAUUGAUACUUCUUUAAUCAGAUAUUCCCAAAUUCAUCCUGUUUCAGUCCCUCCCCUUUCCGACGACCUAAUUGGCAUCUCCUCCGAUACCCAAUUCCCCAAUCUUGUUAUCAUCGAUGGUCACAUUAUCCACUCUGCCUCCGAACUCUCUGGAUUGCCGGAUGGCGUUUACGUUGGCAGCAUUUUGAACCUCUCCUCGGAGACAGUCAUGGAGAGGGUGCUCGAGUUCGUCUCUGGAUUCCACGAAGGAGACCUCUUUUGGUCUCUGAAUGGGAUUGGAGCCCCGGAUGUUACUGUUGUGUUUGUUCCUGCAGGGUGUCGGGUUGAGAAUCCCCUACAUUUCAGGUUUUAUUCUCGUGAAGGAGGGGACAGUGGGUCGAAAGAGCUGCCGUUGUCGAAUCCCAGGGUACUGGUGGUUGUGGAGAAGGGAGGGGAAAUUGGGAUAAUUGAGGAGUACUCGGGUGUGGAUAGGGAUAAGCACUAUUGGGCUAAUUCUGUUACCGAGUUUGUCGUUGGAGAAGGGGCAAAAGUUCAUCAUUCUUACAUUCAGGAACAGUCCGCAAGUGCUGCCCAUAUCAAAUGGACCACCGUUCGACAGGAAUCAAAUAGUACCUAUGAGCUCGUAGAGAUAAGCGCCGGUGCAAAAUUGAGCAGACAUAACCUUCAUGUUCAGCAAGUGGGGCCAGACACUGUAACGGAGUUGUCGACACUCCACUUAUCUGUAACUGAUCAAACACAAGAUCUGCAUAGCAAAUUGGUCUUGGAUCAUCCUAGAGGCUAUUCAAGACAACUUCACAAGUGUAUUGUGGCUCAUUCGUCUGGGCAAGCUGUGUUUGAUGGGAACAUAAAGGUCAACAG